AUGGGCCCGGAUGACGUCGCGGCUCGUCAGAUCUCGUAUCCCAGCUCCUGGCGUCUGCAGCUGAGCUUUGCUAUUACAGGAUUUAUACUUAACCAGUUGGCCAGUCGUGCCAGUGUCUGCGCCCGCCGCCCUUGCAUGAAUUAUCAGGCCACAGCGUCGCUGGCAAACAAUUCGCCGCCUCCCAGCUUGCUCGUUUCUGUUUGCAGUGGUCGUAGCGUCACACUUCAAGCUUGCCCGCGAAAGCAAACCUGCAAGUGUGUCCGCUGGUAA